UUUAUUUCUCCUGCCUUCCCUAAGGAACCCAACAGUUAUGAAGUUCAAGCUCAUUUUCCUCUGGACAGUUUUGACCCUUGUGACCAGCGCUGGUGCGUUUUCCUCCUCCGAGUCAGCCAAUCAGACGGAAGCGGCGGUAGCGGUGGCGGUAACGGAAGCGGAGGAUGGGAGGGGCGGCCGUUGUUGGGGUUACUACGAUGUCAUGGGUCAGUGGGAUCCGCCGUUCAACUGCAACGUGGGGGUGUACCAGUUCUGCUGUGGGUCCUGCUACUACCGCUUCUGCUGCCAGUUCAAGGGCCACAGCCUGGAACAAACCAGCUGUUCCAACUACGACACACCCGCCUGGGCCAAAACGGGUAAACCUAGCAGUGACCACGAGGCUAAUGACGCUAAUGAUGCCAACGCCAACACCAACACUUUUGUCCCCGAGCGUGACCAGACUCACAUGAUCGCGUACGUGAUCUGUGGCGUGGUGGCCCUCAUGAUGCUUGGUGGGAUCUUCGCCAAACUCGGCAUUGAGAAGAGCCGCGAAGGAACGGGGGACGUCGACACCAACGGUCCACGGACCCUGACUGAUCUGUUGAAACAGCCGGCUGAGCCCGGGGGCGGGGGUGUGGCCAGAGGGGCAGGUCACCAUCCCAUCGGCUCCAAUGGGAUUUCCGGCCGGACCAUGAGGACCAGUAACGAGGAAAAUCAGCUAAAUAACUGCACUCAACCAUCCGCUAGUCAUCCUCACAACAACCUCAACUACACCAAGUACAGCUCUCUCAAACCUACAGGAGACACAACGAGCAGAGAUUACUACAAGAGCUACCCGAUCGUGGACUACAGCCACCAUCAAUCAUCUCCUGCCACAUUCCAACCCAUCAGCUUCCACCCGAAAGAGAAGCCAUUCCUUCCUCCACCAGAUAUCCAUGUUCCCCUGGCCAUCACCGUCACACCUUCCCCGCUACCCAAAGCCAAAAUCUCCAAAACCAACACCAACCCACUGACAUCCAGUUCAGCUUUCAAGGCCUGGGACCCAAGUAAAAGUCCAGUCCAACACCAUGUUCCUUUCAUGGCUCACCCACUGCCACAACCACUUCCACACCCGCUACCGGCACCAGUCCUAUCCCAGCCCAACAGCCGGAGCCAAGCUUAUUCCAGUAAGCACCAGUUCAGCAUAGAGCCUCCAGAACUGUUCUCUCAGCCGAUAGGGUACAGACAGUCGCCUCUCAUCCUGCCCAAACACAAGAACCUGCACACCAACAGCAGGACAGAGGUGACAGUCUGA